AUGCCUGUGUUGGGUAGCGAUUUCUUAACUAAUUAUGGACUUAUACUUGAUUUUAAAAAUCGCUUACUAAUUGAUCCAUCUAGCACGACGAACGAGAUGAAGCAAAAUACAAUGACUUUGGUAGCGGCGAACAUCGCCUCAGGCAUCAACAAGGACAAUCGUUACGUUCAAAUAUUGAAAGAAUUUCCUUCAAUACUACGAGAAACAAUCAAUCCACUUACAACAAAACAUGAUGUGAGGCAUUCAAUUACUACAACUGGAUUGCCGGUGAGAAGUAAAGUUCAUAGAUUACCACAGAUGAAAUAUACAGCUGCCAAAGAACAAUUUUUCCAAACUCUUGAAACAAGGUAUUAUCUCACCAUCUACAAAGAAUACGGCCUAUCAAUCGAAGGUAAAUGCUUUACGGAACUACCCUCGUCCGAAACCAAACGACAGCUACGUGCUUACUUGGGAAUGUACACUUUCUACCAAAAAUGUUUACCUCAUUGUGCUAACAUUUUGGCUCCACUUCAUAAAAUGUGCUCUCAUUACUCGAACAAGUAUCAGAAAAUUACUUGGACCAAAGAACAUGACGAAGCUUUUGAAAAAUCGAAAAAUGCAUUGAGUGAUUUUGCAUUAUUAAACCACCCAGACCCAGAAGCAGAAAUAUCUCUUGCGGUGGACGCUUCAGGAGAUUCGAUUGGAAGUGUAUUACAACAAAAGAGAAAUAAUCAAUGGGAACCAUUAGGAUUUUUUCUCAAAAUCGGUUAA